CUCUUAUACAGCACCGCGAUGGCCAGCUUUGCCCCUGGCAUCCGCUUUCAUCUCCUCGAAUAACUGCCUAUCGUCCAUUAUGACCGACGCACCCUCAGCGUUCGACCGCGAACCCUCUUCUCACUCCGUUGUCGAACAUUCUCCCAACCUUACUUUCUCUGAGACCUCUUCCCCGGCGUCAAAACUAGCCGAAGACACCUCUAGUAUGAAGAGGAAAAAGCUGCCCGCAUGCGACUAUUGCAAGGCGCGUCGUGUUAUCUGCCAUCCUCAGCCAGACGGCAAGCCUUGUCCAAGAUGCGAGGAGAAGGAUGUCACAUGCAUCACGACGCCUACCGUCCGACGCAGGCGGAGGACCCGCAAGGAGAUCCAGGAAGAAAGAGAACGAAACGCUCAAUCUCGUGUGCCGUGCGCGAAGUCAUCACCGUCUAGCGUGCCUUUCGGCGGAUCACCACAAAGCCGUCCUGCAGUCGCCAUCGCGACAACAGGUCCCGCUCUAUCGAGCUUCGCAGCUCAGGCUAUCCUCUCCUGGCGAGAUGCCAAUCCGCUACCAGGACCGCUCGUCACAGAACUGAUCAAGCUCUUUCCUACCGUCCCACAGUCGCUGCUUUUCAGCAUCCCGUACCGCCGACUCUGCUCCAAGCUCGAGAAUUGCGGGUGGGAUCUGGCGCUGCUAGACGCUCCAACACACUUCCUUGCGUCCUGUAUCUUAGCUCUGACCGCGCGCAUCUCCACGCAUCCCAUGCUUAUCGGCACGGAUGUGUCCGACCCACGCGUUCUACGGUUUCUCGCUUCUGGAAACUUGGCGGUCACGCCGGGGUUGGACCUACGCGGGCUCGGGCGCGCGCGAGAUGCUCAGUGUAAGCGUUUGUACGACGAGGCAUGCCGUCUGGCGACAGAGACGGGAGUUUCGAUGGUGCCAACGGAGGAGAGCGCGGCGGCGUACUACAUUCUCGAUUUCCUCGAGUCUUCGACAACUCCGUACGACUGCUCGUUGACCUGGACAGCUUUGAUGAUGUGGCAUGUUCGGAGGGUCGCCGAGUCCGACGACCACCAUGACCUUUUCCGUGACAGCUAUCGGCGCCUGCAUUGGCCAAUACAGCUUCUGAACUGCGCACUUAUAUGUCUGUGCUUCGGCCGUUCGUUCCCCUUUACCGAACAUGACGAGCGCCUUAUAUGUGGACCGGCUCCUGACGCCCUAGAAGCCGCGACGAUCACCCUUUCCCAUGGACCAAUCACCCUACAAGCCAUCGGGGAGUUUAUAUACCCUUACUUGAGCCAUGCUAUACGCCUAGCACGUGAAAGCUCUGAGGGCCUCGUUGGACCCCAACUACCAGCCUAUGCCCGACGCUUCCCAUUGAACGAGGCGGCCCUCGUUGCCCACGUCUCCGACGUCGAAUGCCUGCAGCGCGCCUGCGAUCUCCUCCACGAUUGCGUCGAGACCAUCAUCCCCCGAGCCAAACGCGGCUGGGUUCCGGCCGCACUGGCGAAUGGCCUCUUCGUCACUUCGGUCGCCGUGCCGAGCAUCCUCGUACCCCUUCACAGAGCGCUCAAGCGCCGGCUCGCAGAGGGGUCUAUCCCGACCCUGCAGACGGGCUUUGGCGGCGAUGGUGGCGGACCUGGGCAGGGUGGCGGGCAAUACGCCUCCGACGCAGCGAAACGCAUCCGCGCGCUGCACUGGAAGGUCACGGAGCGCACGCGCGACCUGCCGAGCAUCACGUACAUGACGCACCUGCAGUGCUCGCGCUGGAUCUCGUGGAUCGAGCUUGCCGCGGAGGAGUGCGAGCCGAUGGAUAUGACGCCGCUGGAGAGGUACAAGAUGCUUGAUAGGAUCGUCACGAUUAUGCGAAUUGACGGGUUCGCAUGGGUGGAGCGCUUCGGGACGGUCAACUAUAUCAAGGAGGCCAUGACGCGUCUUGAGGGGCAGCAGCAACUCGCGCUUCAUCGCAAGCAUCCUGGGGUCUCCAGUACGUGGCUCAGUUAUACAGGAAAGGCGCGUAACGGGGCGGCGUACGAACGCGGCCAUGCGACGUUCGGACGGUCGCCAGCGCCGAGCGCCGUGUACGAGGGUCGUCCUGCUUACAGUCCUACCCUGCAUAACUACCCCUCGGGAUCCAGUGCGAGUCACUCUUUAAAUCCAUCCGGGACGACUAGCAUGGGAGGGAUGCUGGAGUCCGAGAGCCAAAUGCUCGAUCAAGCGCUGCUUGGGCCCAUCAUGAGCGACACACCUUCGACUCUGCAGUCUCCCGCCGAUCUUGACUCGAGUUCGUCGCCAUCUAACACUUCCGAUAUGGCGCAGAACGUCUCGAAAAACGCUGCUCACGCGGCGGCCACCGUGAGGAGGAGGAAGAAGCCGCCGGCAUGCGACUACUGCAAGGCGCGUCGUGUAAUAUGUCACCCACAGCCAGAUGGCAAGUCCUGUCCUAGAUGCAUAGAAAAGGGGGUUGAGUGCACGACGACGCCGACCGUGCGACGCAAGCGAAGGACCCGCGAGCAAAUCGAGGCAGACGAAGCUGCCUCCCUGGCGGCCGCCUCUACUUCAAUACACUUCGCCAACUCGUCGCGCCCGGAGGGAAUGAGCGGUUGUGGCAGUGCCUCUGGAUCUUCGGCGGCGUCAUCGCCUUCGGCUCUCCUUUCCUGGCGAGAUGCCCACCCUAUUCCUCUACCUCUUAUUGAGGAGUUGAUCAAGCUCUUCCCUAUGGUGCCCCAGUCGCUUCUAUUCGUCGGCCCGUACCGACGGUUAUGCGACACGCUCGAGGCUUACGAGUGGGAUCUUUCGCGCCUGGACGCCCAUGCGCGCGUACUUGCGUAUUGCGUCAUGGCAGUGACCGCGCGCAUCUCCACGCAUCCUAUGUUCAUAGGCGCGGAUGUGACCGACGCGCUAGUCUUGCAGUUUCUCUCCUCUGGAAACUUGGCUAUCACGCCAGGCUUGGAUCUACGUGAGCUCGGGCGUAAUCGCAAUGCUUUUUGCAGGGACCUAUACGACGAGGCAUGCAAAGUCGCGUUCAGCACGGGUGUAUCUGUUAUCUCCUCGGAGGAGACCGCGGCAGCGUGUUACCUUCUCGACUUCCUCGAGUCCUCAACCAACUCGGAUCCAUGUCCACUGACCUGGACGACUAUGAUGAUCACACACGUACGAAGGCUAUCCGAGUCAGAGGACCAUAACGCGCUCUUCACGCCCGUUUUUCGGCGCUUGCAUUGGCCAAUCCAUCUAAUGAACUGUGCCUUCCUAUCUCUGAGCGCUGGCCGUUCAAUUCCCUUCUCCGAACACGAUGAGCGCCUUAUUUGUGGGCCAGCCCCCCUUGACAUCAAAAGCGCGACCUUCAACCUAACGAAUCAGCCGGUCACCGUCCAAACCAUCGGCGAAUUCAUAUAUCCUUUCUUGACACACGUCAUCCACUUAGCACGUCAGAGUUCCGAAAGACUUAUCGGGCCUCACGCUCGGCGCUUUCCACUGGAUGAGGCCGUGCUUUUCAACCAUAUAUCUGCCGUCGAAGCGCUCCAGAGUAUCUGUAGUAUUCUUCACAACUGCAUCGAGGCGGCCAUACCCAAAGCCCAGCGCGGCUGGGUUAGACCCGCAUUGGCGAACGGCUUAUUCGUCACUGGACUCGCGGUGCCCAGCCUGCUGGUGCCGCUUCACAAGGACCUGAAGCGGCGUCUUGCCGAGGGGUCGAUUGAGGUUCCUCAAAGUGACCCUAACAGCGCAGGUGGAUGCUACCCGGAUACAGCAAGCCAGGCUCGCGAGCGCAUCGGCUCGCUGCACCGCAAGGUGCGGGUCAUGGCUUUGCAGGCCCUCUCCCAAGCGAUGGAACGGACGCGGGACCUACCGGGUAUCACCUACAUGACGCACCUGCAGUGCUCUCGCUGGGCGGCGUGGAUAAAGCUGACCGUCGAUGAGUGCGAUCCAACGGACAUAUCGCCGCUGGAGAGGUACAAGAUGCUCGAAAGAAUGGCCACCAUCAUCAAGCUCGACGGGUUCGCAUGGGUGGACCGGUCGGGCGCGCUUUUCCCUGUCAAGGCGAAGAUGGACGACCUGUAUGCUCAGCAGCAACUCGUGCUGAGUCGCAGGGAUUCGGGCGUUCCCAGUCCUUGGCCCGGCGGACUCCAGAUAACACAAGAUGAGGAAAUUUCUGGUCGCGACGACAUAAACAACGGCGGCUCGCGAAGGCCUAGCGAGUCCGCGGUCCUUGGGGACGCGCAAGACUUGCUGGGACAAUCCUAUUCGAGCACGGAUGUCGCUCUUGACCUCUUCUCGACGGCCAACGUGGGAGUGACCCCGGGAGAUGCUCAUUUUCUCCAGCAGGCUUUCUUCUAAUUCAACUUACCUUUCAAAUUCAACCCGUUGUGAUAUGUACCGCCCUUAGAGAUCGAUUUGUCAGCCUGGACCCCG